CAAUCAACACAUUUUCUUUGUGCACUCAAGUGACAACUACCAGUGUCGAAAGUUAAACGCGAUAAACCGUAUAAAAAAUAUACCAAACAUGAGAGGAUUCAUUGUACUUUGCUUGCUGGCCACAGCUUUUGCCGAUAAACUCGCCUACAACUAUCAACCAGUGCCACAUUCUAUAGAGGGACUAUCCUUCACACCUGGUGCCAGCAGUGUAGGCGCUCAUCAUGGUAUAUCUCCCUCGCCAGAACAAGUAGCGCCAGUUGCGUCCACUCGCAGCAUUGCAUCUGCUCAAACAUUGGCAGCACCAGUCGCACCCGCACCAAUUGCUCCAGCUCAAAUUGCUCCAGCUCCAAUUGCUCCCGCACCAGUCGCUCCAGCUCCAGCUCCAGCUCCAGCCCAAGCUCCCGCUCCAGCACCAGUGGUAACCGAAUACCAGAAAGAGUUCUAUACUUACACAGCGCCACAAGCCGAUUUCGAUGAUGCUGCUGGUCAAGAAGAUAUUGCCAACUCAGCGAAGAAAAGUUUGCGCGUUGUCUUCAUUAAAGCACCGGAAAAUAAGGGUAUUGAAAAAGCUACACUCAACCUCGCCAAACAAGCGGCUGAGGAAAAGACCGCCAUCUAUGUGCUCACUAAACAGGCUGACAUUGGCAGUUUGGGACAACAAUUGCAAAGCAUCAGAACACAAUCUAGCAAACCAGAAGUACACUUCGUCAAAUACCGUACACCACAAGACGCCGCCAAUGCCCAACAGGCUAUCCAACAACAAUACGAAAGUCUGCCAGGCUCAUCACGCAACUCCAAUGAAGGCUCCGCGCCAGUGCUAAACUUCGCAUCGCAAGCCGUGGCUGCCGCCGCACCAGCACAUGCUGGACCAGGCGCUGAGUAUCUGCCAGCUAAUGCUGUGCCUUCGCAGGAAUAUCUGCCACCAAGUCUACGUCGUUUCCGCAACUAAAAACCAACUAACGGUGAAUUUCUUGUUUUAUAUUUUUAAGCACACAUUGUCAAAUUGUUCGAGAACUAUUCAUAAAUUCAUGUAAAUAUACUAAA